AUGAUGAUUAAAGAUAUUAAGACCAAAGCAAUCGCGAUGGAUCAACUUAUCAAAGACAUUUCAAUUAAACACCCUCUGACAGCAUCACAACUCAGCUCUCUUCGCGCUGCUGUUAUUUCCUAUACCCUGCCGGUCAACGAAUCCUCAGAAAGUACAAACGAACAAGAGGUCCAACCGCCACCGCCGCCAUCAGAACCUUCAGACAAUGCCAUGCUCGCGUCACUAUUUGGCUGGAAUCUUGUCUCACCAUCUCUUCCUGAACCACCCCGUCGUGUAUCCCUUUCUCGUGCCAAUUCAAGCGUGCCUUCUGUGCCUGCUAGCCCAGCUCUAUCACGCGCCUCCUCUGUGUCUCUUCCCCAAACACCACCACCAAAGCGCCCAAGACAAUCUAUAUCUACUGAUAUUGCUUUACGAUUACCCAUUAAUCUUAAUAAGGCGGAAAACGCACUGCUUCAGUGCGAUUUGUGUCAAAGGCGAAUUGGGCUUUGGGCCUUUUCAUUGCGGAGUACAGAGGACGACGCAAAUAUGAACAUCGGCUCGCCGUCGAGUCAGCAGGCAUCUGAUGAUGUAAACAACACACCAGGGCCAGUGUCGCGUCCCAAAAAACCGCUGCCGCGACGGUCUUUGGACUUGCUCAAAGAGCAUCGCUCAUACUGUCCUUACGUUGUUCGGUCGACUGUGGUUCCCACUUUCCCUAAUUCUCAGACCCCCUCGACGCCAGGAAAAUCUUCUGUCGCUUCAUCAAAUGGACAUGGAUCCAGCCUAUCGCUGUCCCAGUUCAAUUCGCGUAAUGGGGUGCCUGGAGCACUAGAAGGUUGGAGAGCUGUCUUGACUGUCGUUCUACGGUAUGGGAUGGUGCAAAAACAAAGGAUUGAAUAUUCUUUCCUUGCCCCGAAGGAUUCUACUGAAGAAUCUGGGGAUAAUUCGGACAAGAUGGACGUGGACAACGUUAAGGCUAUGGUCACUGGUGUGAAAACCCGGGGUGGGAAAGAUCUUCUUAAAUACGUGAAGGGACUCCUCGGGUGA